UACACAUAUACCGAAGUCUCCUUAUUGGUUUGACGCGUUGUUUGACCUCUCACAUCCUUAUUUAGCGUCACCAUUAACUAACGGUCACGGCGAUUUGAACAGUCAUUCUCCCUUUUACAAACGGCCGUGGAGGGUUUCAGUGUUACCUGGUGUAGGUUGGUACUCCCAAGAAAUCCGUCUCCGUGACACGGUUUUCUUAAACCGAAUCCGUUAUCGUUCCUCUCUCUCUGUCUCUCUCUCAAUCGCUCCUUCUCUCUGCUUGUUUUGACGGAACGACUGGGUGAGGAAGAUGAGUAUCGCUUGUGAAGGUCUCUGUUGCAAGGGAUUCAAAUCCUAUAUGAAAAGGUAAUCUUUGAAGAUCCCUUUAGUUCUAUUUGGGUGUCUGGGUUUUCUUUUUCCCUUUUCUAGGGUUAGGGUUUGUAGAUUUUUAGGGUUGUGUCCUGAAAAUCUUAUCUUGAUGGAUUUAAUCCCCUUGAUACCAUAUUUGCCUCCUAUUUCUGGGGAAUUCCAGGAGAUUCUCGGGUUGGGAUUUUGUUUAAUUUUGUUUUAGAAUCCCCUGUUCAAUCCAUUUGAUGCAUCUAGGGUUUUCUUGGUUUGGGAUUUUGAAUCUAGUGUUCCCUCUUUAUGUUCAUGUCGUUCUUUUGGGUUCCUGGUGAAAUUGAUUGAUGAAUCUGGGGUUUGUGUUGUGGGUUCUUUCUGUAAUUGAUCUAGUAAUGUUCGUAUGAGAUGCCAUAGUUGACUCGGGUGGACUGAGAAAUUCCACCCAACCAGCUUGAAAAAACAAGAAAGAAACCCUAGAAGAGAUAAAAGGGGGAAAUGGGGGAAGCUCUCCUCACAACUCUAUCCAUGGAGAAUCAUCAUCCGUCGACUCUCCUGUCCAUGGAUUCAAGUUCCAACUCGCACGAUGAAUUGGAACGCGAGAUGAAUCGGCAGAUCAUCCUCUCUCGCCCGCCCGAUAUCAAUCUCCCACUGUCGGCCGAAAGGAGCCCACCUCCCCAACCGUGGAACGGGGAAGGGUGUGACAUCUUAGAUGUCGGUCUUGGGCCUCAGAUCUAUGAGACAGAAGCCCUCCUCCAUCUCCCCAAGGCUGGGCGGAAAUGUGCCAAGCGAGUGGAUAGCAUCUGGGGCGCCUGGUUUUUCUUCAGUUUCUACUUCAAGCCUGUUUUGAAUGAGAAAUCCAAGGGGAAGAUUACCCGUGACAGCAACGGGGUUGCCGGGUUUGAUAAGUCGGACCUCCAGCUCGAUGUUUUCCUGGUUCAGCACGACAUGGAGAACAUGUACAUGUGGGUUUUCAAAGAAAGGCCGGAGAAUGCACUCGGUAAGAUGCAGCUGCGGAGUUACAUGAAUGGGCACUCCCGCCAAGGGGAGCGCCCCUUUCCAUUCAGCGUGGACAAGGGUUUCGUCCGAUCCCACAGGAUGCAGAGAAAGCAUUACAGGGGUCUCUCAAAUCCCCAAUGUGUGCAUGGUAUUGAGGUUGUCAGGUCCCCAAAUCUCAUGGCUCUUGAUGAGGAAGAGCGGAAAAGAUGGAUUGAGCUAACAGGACGGGAUUUGAAUUUCUCCAUCCCACCUGAAGCAAGUGAUUUUGGUGCUUGGAGGAACCUCCCAAACACAGAUUUCGAGCUUGAGAGGCCCCCUCCUCCAAUAAAGAGUAACCCACACUCCAACCCAAGGAGAUUGCUCAAUGGAUCUGGCUUGAAUUUGUCAACUCAGCCAUCUAACCAUGUCAAUGGCGAUGGUAUGGACCUUUCCCCCGUUAGCAACAAGAAGAGGAAGGACUUUUUCCCACAUGGGAUUGAUGAUGAUUGUUGUAUGCCUACUAUUAAUUCACAUUCUGAGCGAGUUUCGGACAUGGAGAUGCACCCAUAUGAGCCACCCUGGUUGAAUGAUUUCAGUGGUGUAAUGAGGAACAUACAUGGCCCUGUUACAGCUGCAAAAACCAUUUAUGAGGAUGAAGAAGGGUAUUUGAUCAUCGUUAGCGUGCCUUUUGCUGAUCUUCAGAGGGUUAAGGUUUCUUGGAGAAACACGCUCACUCAUGGGAUUGUAAAGAUAUCUUGUGUGAGCACAGCCCGCAUGCCGUUCAUCAAGAGACACGAUAGGACAUUCAAGCUUACAGAUCCAUCUCCCGAGCACUGCCCUCCUGGGGAGUUCAUAAGGGAAAUCCCCCUUGCAACCCGCAUUCCAGAAGAUGCAACACUGGAAGCAUACUAUGACGAGACUGGAACAGUGCUAGAGAUUUUAGUGCCAAAGCACCGCGUGGGACCAGAAGAACAUGAGGUUCGUGUAUGCCUUCGCCCUCACCUUGGAACCAACGACCUACUAUUGACUUGAAAGAAGAAUUUAUUUGAGAAAUCUUUUGACUGGGAUUGCUCUUGAGCUUCGAACUUGAAGUUCUCAGUUUUGUGGUAAGAAUUGUGAAACCUAACCCCUUUGUCUUUUAAUUUGGAAUCAAGUUAAUAGCAUAUUUGCUUCUGUUAACUAGGUUUUUGCAGACCCUAGGUGUACUGGUGUCUGAAAGAAGUUCUGUCAGACUAAAUUCUCUCUCCUUCCUAAGCUUGAUGGAGAAAUAUUGUAUAGGCAUUCAUAAUGGUUGUGCCAUGUAGAAGUGCCUUGUUGUAGUGCUGAGAUUCAAUUAAACCGUUCUCCUUGCUUGGAAUAAACAAACACUGAAUAUGACUAUAAGCACUAGUUUGGAGUUGGUUUCUUCUUGUAUAUUUGAUUCCUCAAGGGUAUGCACCGGUGCUAUAUCCAUUUUUCAAGUACCUAUUUGAUCUCUGGAUGUGUAAGGUGAAGCUUGUGGUUGCUAAUUUGCUAUUGGAAUUGGUAUUUAUCUAAUUUGUUCA